AUGGCUCGAACACAUCUCAAACGACCUGCCUCCGCCAACUCAACAAACAAAGCCACGAAUGGCUCACUCCCUGAUGUCCCCAGGAUAGUCAAGCAAGUAAUUGAUAACAUUCGGCGAGAGGGUAAUGUCGCAGUUCAGCGUUACAGCGAACAAUUCGACAACUGGUCUCCUUCCAACUUUAAGCUCCAUAAGGAGGACAUCGACCAAGUUAUGGCGCAAGUCCCAGAGCAGGUGAUCAACGAUAUCAAGGCUGUUCAGUCCAACGUUCGAAAGUUUGCUGAGGCCCAGUUGAACUCGAUCAAAGAGUUUGAGAUCGAGAUGGCUCCUGGUGUGUUUCUUGGUCAGAAGAAUAACCCAAUUGAUUCCGUUGGAGCAUACAUCCCAGGAGGGAGGUACCCCUUGUUGGCUUCAGCACACAUGACCAUCUUGACGGCCAAAGUAGCAGGUGUCAGAAAUGUAGUAGCCUGUACGCCCCCAGCAGCGGGUAAGAUUCCUUUGGCCACAGUUGCCGCUAUGCAUCUCGCAGGAGCAGAUGAGAUAUUCAUACUUGGUGGCAUUCAAGCCAUCGCAGCAAUGGCAAUCGGGACAGAAACAGUGCCCAAGGUGGACUUCAUCGCAGGUCCAGGGAAUGCUUUUGUUGCUGAGGCAAAAAGGCAGUUGUUUGGUGAGAUUGGAAUCGACCUCUUUGCCGGCCCAACAGAAGUUUUGAUCGUAGCAGAUGAAACAGCAGAUCCUUACAUGAUUGCCACUGAUCUUCUUUCUCAGGCUGAGCAUGGACCGGAUACACCUGCUGUCUUGAUCUGCACGUCGGCUGAAGUUGCCAAGAGAGCCAUUGAAUACUGCGAUGAGCAGCUGGAGACGCUCAAGACAGCUGCAGUAGCUAGUGUCUCAUGGCGUGACUAUGGGGAGGUCAUUCUUGCUGAUACGGUUGAUGAGGCCUACCAGAUUGCCGACGAGUUUGCUUCCGAGCAUGUACAAAUCCUCACAGCGAACCCCAGAGACGCUCUCAUCAAGAUGCAACAUUACGGAGCCCUUUUCCUUGGCCCCAUGACCUGCGUUUCUUUUGGUGAUAAGUGUAUUGGUACGAAUCACGUUCUGCCUACAAAACACGCGUCAAGGUACACUGGCGGUUUAUGGGUGGGAAAGUUCCUCCGCACUGUCACCUAUCAGGAAGUCAAAUCUGCUCAGGCAAGCGGUGAACUUGGUCAGCUUUGUGGAAGGGCUGCCAGGGUGGAACUUUUUGAGGGUCACGCGAGGUCUGGAGACAUCCGUGCACAUCGAUAUGUCGGGGACAAGUUUGAGUGGAUAAAGCCCUAA